AUGGCUCUAAAAUCGUGGCAACAUUCUGAACAAAUUCAAUGGAUGUGGAAAGCGAACGAGAAUGUUUUUGAUUUAACACAAGAAGCUGAAUGGACUAUGUACACAGAUGUCGAAAAUCAGAUAAUAGAACAGGCUUAUCAGAAGAGGAUGCCAGAAGCGCUUCUUGAUCAAUAUCAUGUUAAUUUUGAACAUCUUAUGCAAAUAUCUAACAAGGAUGAGAGACAACAACGACCUGUCAAACGAGUCGCUGUGGACACUUCACAGCAGAUGCUAAGAAAGGAACGUUUUCUUGCCAAACCUCUCACUCCUUCGAAACCAUUCUCUGAUUCGGAUCAACUCGAUUUUCUCCUUGCAACUCAGAAACAUUUUAAUAUAUCUUCUGAUUGGGAUGAAAAUGAAGAAGAAGUUCGUAUGCUCGUCGACAAGGCUGCAGAAGGUAUUCUUAUCGAAGGAAAGCUGUUGGGUAAACAACGACAGGGUGAAUGGAUGGCAGAACAGUUAGUCUAUUUUAACGACGACCCCUUGGAAGAAAUAACAAAAAUGUGUGCCCAUCUCUAUUGUUUGGAGUCAUUUCUCUAUCAAAAAUUGAAUGAAAUUAUGCGUCUUACACAUGACGAACAAUAUGAACAUGUGUGGAAAAGUAAAGUACCCACUUUGGGUCCCUUCGCAUGGUUUCUCGCAAACAUGAAACGAACAGAAGAUCCUCGAACAUCGACUACUGUCUAUCGUGGUUGUAACUUAUCAACGGAAGCCAUAGAAGAAUGGAAACAAUUAUACAAAGAACAUCAAAUGUCGGGCCUCAAACGGUGUACCUUUAUUUCGUUUACAUCGACAAGUCGAAACAGAAAAAAAGCAGAGUUCAUGAGUGGAAAUGUACUCUUUAUUAUUGACAUUUGUGGUUACCGUGACGGUCGAGAUAUUUCUCCAUUCUCCAAUUAUGAUGAGGAAGAAUUUCUUCUUGAACCGGGCUUCUCAAUGCAUAUCAGUUCAUGCAAAUAUGAUGAAAACAUACAGAAGUGGAUCAUUCAUGUUCUAUCU